AUGCGUCAUAACAAAAAUAAAGAUAAUCCUAAAGAGUUAGGAAAAAAAAAGAAAAAUAAAAGAAGAAGUUUAUCUUUACUAAUUCCGAAUUAUGAAAAUAAUAUUAUAAAUAAUAUAAAGUUAGCUGAUAAAAUUUAUAAACUAACAAUUGCAAACAACACAGAUGAAUCGGAUAAUGAUACUGAAGAAAGUAGACAAAUAUUAAAAAAUGAAAAAAAAAAAAAAAAAAAUAUACCCAAAAAUAAAACUAAAAAUUUAAAUAGGAGAAGCAUAAGUUGUGAUAAUUAUGAUACAUCAGAUACAAAUAGUGUUAAUGAUAAAAAACAAUCAAAAAAUAAAUUUGAUAUUAAUAUUAAUGAAAUUAAAACGAAAUAUAAAAAUCAAAAUAUAAAAAUUAUUUAUGAUGAUGAUUCAACAGGUAAUAUAAUUCUUAGUGGACGUAAAAAUAAAACAGGUAAAGGCAGGAGACAAAAUAAAGACAAGGGAGAAUAUAAAGGAAGUUCAAGGGGGAUAGUGAAGAAGGGUAAAGAAGAGGAGGAGGAAGAAGAGGAAGAAGAAGAGGAAGAAGAAGAAGAAGAAGAAGAAGAUGAGGAAGAAGAUGAGGAGGAUGAAGAAGAUUACACAUCAAGCGAGGGAUAUUACACAGAACAGAAUGAAAAUACUAAAGGUCGAACCAGAGAUGUAUCAAAAUAUAACAGAGUGAAAAACAAGGGUGAAAUAAAAAAAAAUAUAAAAAAUAAAAAAAGUAAGAAAAAAUGCAUAACCAGAAUAAAAUCUAGAACCCUAAGUGAUAGUUACUUCAAUGAAAAGAGAAAAAAAAACAUCCGAAAAAUAAAAAGAGAAAAAUAUAGAAAUAAAAAUAUAGAAAAAGGACGAGAACGAUAUGAAAAAGAAUUCAGUGAACCAAUAAAUAGAAAAAGUGAAAAUUAUAUAAAUUAUGAAAAUGAACAUUAUUCAAAUAAAAUAAAUGAAAGAAGAAGAAAAGAUGAUACAAUAAAUAUAUUUGAAGAAGAUUCCAAAAAAUAUAAUAAUAAAUUUAUAGACUUUAAAAGAGAACAAUCUUCAUAUAAAAAUUAUAAUACUAUAAAAAGAGAAAUAGACAUAAAUUUUUUAUUAAAUAUGAAGGAUAUAAUUUUAAAAAUUCAUUUAAAUAUUCAAAAUAUUAAAGAAGCUAUAAAAAAUAAAAAUGAAUAUGUAAAAAAUUUAUUAGAUACGUCCUAUAUUAAUAUUAUUGAAAAUAUAAAAAGGAAUGAAAUAAAAAAAGACAAUUUCUAUAAACAAAUUUUUUAUGAUUUAUUUAGUUUAUUGAAUGAAUUUAUUUUGGUUGAUGAAUAUACUAAACAAUUUUUUUUUAGUAUAGAAUCUGAAGUUAGACGAAGAUGUUUAAAUAAUAUUAAAAAUGAAUUUUUUAAUUUUAUAAAUAAAUAUCUUAAAUCUGGAGAAAAUAAAAUGAACUAUAAUUCGAAAUGGAUAAACACUGGAUCAGUUCAUGAUCAACAUAUUUUUAAUCAAAAUAAUAAUAUGCAUAUUCAAGAGUCUGAGAAUAAAAGAAAUGCUUUAUAUUCUUCCUUGUCUAUUUAUGGAUCAAAUAAUAAUAAAGAACAGCUAGCUAAAGAUAGUGCAGGAAAUAUAAUCAGAUUGAGUAAUCCCAAUUGUAUGACAGGAAAUAGUAAUAAUAUAGGAAUGAUGGGAGGAAGAAGUGAUAGUAACUAUUUUCUUUAUAAUAAAAGUUGUAAAAAUGAAGAAGAUAAUUUUAGUAAAAUUGACAGAACAAGAGAUGACUUCAUUUUGAAAAUCCGAAAUUCAAAUUUGCAUUCCUUUCAAAAUGAGCAAGAAGAUACAAAUGUUGAAUAUUUAAAAAAACUUUUAAAAAGUGAAAAAGAGAAAAAUUUUAAGUUAGAACUAGAAUAUGAUGAAUUAAAACAAAAAUAUACAAUACUUAAAAAAAAAAAAAAAAAAGAAGAAACCGAAGAAGAAGAUAAUAGUGAUAGUGCAUCAAAUAAUUAUUCACAAAGUAUAGAUAAAAAAUUGUAUAAACAAAUAUGUGAAAGCAAAUCAUUUAUUAAAUUAGAAGAAAGGAAACUCGAGGAGUCAUCUAAAAGUAUUGCUGAAGAAAAUAUUAAGCUACUUAAAAAAAAGGAAAUAAAUGAUCAAAAUAAAAAGGAUAUAGAAAAUGACAUAGCCUAUAUUGAAGUGAAAAAAAAAGAAAUAGAAACCCAAAACGAAGAAAUAAACAGAUCAAGGAAAGAAAUCGAAGAAGAAUUAUCCACUCUUGAUAAAAAGAAAAAAGACAUAGAAGAUGAAAAUGAUAUGGUAGAAAAAAAGAAACAAGAUAUUAUAGAUACAAAUAAUAUGAUUGAAGAAAAGGAAAAAGAGAUAAACAAAUUAGACAUUUUAUUAAGUGAAAAAAAGGGAAAUUUAGAAGAUUUAGAAAAUGAAAUAAAUAAAAAAGUAGAUGGAAUAAAGGAAGUAAGAAAAGAGUUGAGUGAAAAAAAAGUCGAAUUAGAAGGUGUAAAAAAUAUGUUAAAUGAAAAAAUAAAAGAAGCUCAAAAAUUGGAAAAUAUAGAUAAUGAAAAUAGAAAAAGUGUAAUUGAAAAGAAUGAAUCUAAACUAUUGAAAAGUGAAACAGAAUUAAAAAAUAAAGAUACUAUUUAUUAUGAUAAAGAAGGAAAUAUGUCUUUCAUAAAUAAUGAAAAUGGUUUUGAUAAAACCAAAACAAAUAGUAUGCAUAUAGAACAACUUAAAAGGGAAAGCUCUAACGUGUUUAGUAAUGAUAUAGACAAUAAGAAAUGUGAUGAAAAUAUUAUGACAUUAAAAAAUGAUAUAUUAGAAAGAGAAAAAUUAAUAUCAAAAAGAGAAGAAUCUUUUAUUGAAGAAAAAAAUAAUUUUUUAAAAGAAUUGGAUGAAUUAAAUAUAUUAAAAGAUAAUAUAUUUAACCAAAUGGAUAUACUAAAAAAGCAAAAAGAAGAACUUCAUAAAAAAGAAGAAGAAUUAAAUCAAAGGGAAAUAUAUAUAACACAAUUAAGAGAAAAAAAUAAUUCAUUAAUUAAUACUGAAAUGAAUCAAACAAAUAUAAACAUGUUAACAAGUUUAAAUAAAACUAAUAGAAAUAGUCAACCCGGUUCUCAAUUGGGUAUUCACGAUAUUGCAGAUGCAGAAAUAAAUAUAUCAUCUUCUAACUCUCCAAACUUAAGAAUAAACGAAUUUGAAAGUAAAAACGGUAUUAUGAACACUUGUAAUAAUAGUGAUACCACUAUCAUAAAUCAAUCUGUCAACCAUAAUACAAGCGAUAAUUUUAUGCAAAUGUCAAAACAUAGUUAUAUAUCAAAUGAUAAUUAUACAAAAGAUAAACCAAUCGAUAAUAUAAAAGAAAUUACGGAAAUGUUAAAUAGUAGCUUAAAAGAAGUUGAAAAAUAUAAACAUUUAUUAAAAGAUAGAGAAUUAACUAUUAAUUCAUUAAAAGCUGAAGUGGAAAAAAAUAUGUCCAAAAACUAUUUAUAUAAAUCAGACACUUCGAUAAUAAGCCAAUCAAUACAGGAUAAUUCCCCUGAAUCAUUGGAUAGUAAAAAUAGGUUUUCAGAACUUUCUCAUGAUUCAAAAAUAGAUGAAUCACAAAAUGGGUUGCAAAAUGGGAAACAGAAACAAGGAAUUCACUUUUUGACAAAUUCAAAUAAAAUCGAUGAGAAAAGCUUUGUGGAUAUAACGGAACUAAACGAACAAGUUAAUGGCAAAAAUUUAAUAAUUAAAGAAUUGAUAUCUGUAUAUAAAGAGAUAAGUAGUAUAAAGGAGGAAUAUAGCAAAACCGUUCUUAAAAAAAAUGAAUUUAUUGAUGGAUUACUACUUAAAUUUUUCAAUGAUCUGCAAACAAAUUACAAAAUGAAAGAGAACUAUUAUCAAAAAGAGGCAAAUAAAAGAAAUGCUAUUAUACGUGAAAAGGAUAACCAAAUAAAAGAACUUAAGAGCGCAUUGGAUGAUAAAAAAAUAAAAGAAAUAUCGUAUAAAAAAUUGUUUUUAAAAAUGAACCAAAUAAAUGACUCUUAUAAGUUAAAAAAUAAAAGAAGCCUUUCGACAGUAGAACUGCUAAAGCAAAAUAUAAAACUUUUAAAUCAAGAUGCCUUAAAAAAAAAUGAAAUGACUAAUAAAUUUAAAGCCGAGCAAUGA